AUGUCCGGUUUGCAAGCGAGGAAUGAAGACCCGAUUAAUGGAGUAGAUGUCAGGGAGGAAGGAAAUGCUUUGAGGGUAGCUACGAACACUCCGCAUCUGGUGAGCCUUGGCACCGGCAGACUCAGCACCGCAGUCACUCUCCACCCCAUCAAACAAGGUCGAGUGACAAUAGGAUCGGACCCGACAUGCGACAUCUACGUGGUAGGCACUGGAGUGGCAAGUAUACACUGCCGUGUGGAAAACUCGCACGGUGUUGUCACGUUGUACCCGCUGAGUGGCAGUACACUGCUCGACGGGCUGCCUGUCGAAAAGGCCACCAGGCUCUCGCAAGGGAGUAUGCUAACGAUUGGACGGUCGAACUAUCUUCGGUUCAAUCAUCCUGCAGAAGCCAAGCUUAUGAAGUCUGUUCUUCCCUCAGCUCACGUAUCAAUGGCGCCUGUCCAGUUCACUCCCAACGACCAGUGUGUCGCUACAGGUUACGUGAAUCACUCAGAAAGUUACCAAACAACCGACAUACAUAAGAUUUACAAAGAAAACACCUUAGCCCAUUUAGACCAAGAAUUAGACAUGACCCUUAAAGAAAUGUCGAAGAAGAAACCUCCCGUUGCACCCAAAAAACCUUAUAGAGAUCUAGACCAAUCAGACUCGAAUUCAGACCAAGAAUCCAGGCCGAAAAUGACAGGAAUCAUGGCUAAAGUAUCAAAAUUCGAAUACUAUGCUAAGCAACAGAAAAUCGGCAGAAGCCAAUUUUACACGACGAACGAAAAUGAAAUAUCUCCCAAAGUAUUCAGCUCGAAUUCACUUACAGUAAACACACCUGCAAAAGAUGUUUUAGGAGGCAAAACAAUUCCAAAUUAUAUGAACAAAAUAAAAAACGUUUGCAUAAAUGAAAACAAUGCCAUCGACCCCAAGAAUUGUUCAUAUGCAAAUGUAGCCAUAAGAAAUAAAACCAAAAUCGAUGAUAUUGUUAAAAAUUUCAAUGAGCCAACUAAAGAUUAUAAUAAGUUACCUAAAAAAGUUAACAAUGAUCAACAGAAUGAUAAUAUCUAUGGGAAAAUCAAUGUUGAUAAAAAACCAGAUGAAAAAGUAAUUCAGAAUGGGAUAGAAUCUGGGAAGAAACCAGAAUCGGGGAAAAAUAAUUUAGAAUCUUAUAACUCGAAUAUAAUGGUUAAUAAUGAGGUGUAUGGGAAAAUUUCUGAUAGAAACGUCAACUUGUCGAAAGGGUUGAGUUUGCCUUCACCGGCGUACGACAGAAACCCGCAGUAUUCGCCUGUGUAUGCUAAUAGUAUGUAUGAUAGAAGUUUGGAAGCUGAAAGUCGAAGAUUAAGGGCGUACCAGGACCGCAUAAAGGAGGAGGAACAAAAGGAAGCAGAGACGGCUCGUCUUGAAGAGAUACUUAAUAUGUGCGCCGAGUACGAGAGACAGAUCGCAUCAGGUAUUCCUAUCACCCCUACGGAGAAGAGACCACACAAUAAGAUCAUCACAAACGGGUCACUCCCGCGCAGCGUUGCCCUCAACAAUCCCAACUUCAUACAGACCAGUGAUGGAUAUUUUAAGUUUGAUACUAGUCACAGCAAAAACCCUCCUCUAAGCUCCUCACUACCAAUACAAAGAAAUCUCUCCAGCUAUGAAAACUUCGAUAUGUCCCCUCCAACUCAACUCACUCCAGAAGUCAUCAUACCACAAAAUAACUAUGAAAACAUUGGCCGAAUGGACGAGAUAGGGAUCCCUGUCUUCGACGAUCCUUCAGCAAUGCACGAUUUAUCUAGUCCGAUUAUGAUUAGGAAACUUCAUAACCAAACCGGCGAUCGGAACCCUAAUCUCUCAUCACCAAUAGGUAGCCCAUACGAAAAUGUUUAUUAUAGAAACAAUGUGUAUGGCAACUUAAAACCUAAGUCUCCAAAUACACAAAGUCCUAGAACUAGAAUUAAAACUACAUUCGCGCAUAAAAAUCUCCCAUCACCACAAUAUUUUAUUUUCCCCACACCACCUCCAGUAGAUAAUUCAAAAAAUCCGAACUUUGAACAAACGCAAGAAAAUAAAGAAUUAUCAGAUAGUGACAAACCUAAAUUCAAUGGCAUAGAGAAGCAGCUAAGUCUCGAAGAAGAAAUUCCAAUGAUUGACGAUGAACUAACUAAUGAUAUAGAAUUAAGAUACUCCACUAUCAUUGAAGAUAAGAAAAAGGAAACUUCAGAAAAGAGUCCUGACAUAAAGUUACCGAAGAAUCAAAGCUUCGAUGAUAUGAAACAAGAAAUAAUGGCGGACAUUCCGGAAUUAGAAGAAUUUGAGAAGGACUUAAAGGAGAAUAAUAGAAGCAAAAUUAUAAAGAAUAUUACAGAAGACAUAAAGAUAAUUGACAUUGAGGCUGAUUCGAUUGAUAGUGCAGUAUUGGAUGAUAAUGUGGAUGACCUGAAAGGUAAAUACGAGAAACUAAAAGAAGACAGAAAGAAGUUGGUGACACACAUACAUGAACUUAAAUGUAAAAUGACUGAGAUCCGGUCGCAGGAGGAUGACAUUUUGAGAGAGCUUGAAAUGGAGAAAGCAUUAAUUAAAGGAGAAUACGACUCGGAAAUAGCAAUCCUCAACAUAGAACAGAAGAAAAAGUUGGAGUUAGUAGAAAACGCCAAGAAAAUAGAGGAAGAAAUAAGACAGCUGAAGCAAAAACAAGAAGCGAGACAGAGCGAGAUGCGGGACCGAGUGGAGAUCGCUACGUUGAAAGCUGAUAGAAUAGAGAAAGAUCUGAAAGAAAAUACAGCAACAUUAGAAGAGUUACAGAACGCUCAGGAUAUCCUUGACAAUGAGACCAAGAUAUUUGAGGAUCUGGAGUUCCAACAUCUCGAGGAAGAGUCUGAACUGUUAUCCAACAGAGAAGAUAUUCAAAACGAAAUAAUACUUCUUACUAAAAAAAUCGAAGCGCAAAAGACUCGCAUACUAACUCUGAAAUCAGAAGCUAACAACAACCUUACUUCAGCUUUAGAUGAAACGAAAGUACUUCAUGCUGAAUAUGUCAAAAUUCUAAACCUCGUUGAAGAACUAACCAGCAAAGUCCAAGCUAUAGAAAAAGAACUUAAACCUAUAGUAGCAAAGUUAAAUGAUAUUGAAAGAACCCAAUCACCAGAUAGUGCGUUCUAUACUGACCAAACUAGAGCCAAAUCCGGUGAAUUUGGAUAUUCCCCUCAAAGUUCUGAUAGUGACGAUAUUGAUUUAAAAUUAUCUAACUUUGAAGACCAUACUAAACAUUUAAACGAUAAAUUUAACUCUAUAGAUCAAAUGUCUCAAUCUAUGACAGUUGAUAUAGAAAGGAGAGUUAUAACAGAUCUUGUAGAUAAUGAUGAAAGGUACAGUGAAAGUCCGUCAAAAUCAUCUACUUCUUCAAAAGAGAAAAAAGGCUUUUGGGAAAGAAACUUCGAUUCGUUGAAACGAAAAAAGAAACCGAAAUCACCCGAAAAAGUCGAUAUAAUGUCACAGAGUUUGAACGAAAAUUUAUUUUAUAACGACAAUAUUGAGGCUGACGUGAGUUUAGAUAAAUUUAAUAGUUUGAGACAUUCAAAGAAAAAAGCUGCGGGGCCAGUUAAAAGUAAUUCUUCAUCUAAAAUACCGACUUUUGCUGCUUUAGGAAAGAUUAUGAAAAAAGAUUCUUUUGGAAAGAAAUCUAGAGAAAACAGUAUUAAGAACGAUGAAUCAGAUAAAGAAAAUAACUCUAAGAACCGUUAUAUUAAAAACCCUAAACCUGUAAGUCCUGAUAAUAAGUACAUAAAAGCCAAAUCGUUAUCUCCCGAGAAGAAAGAAGAUGAUAUUAAAGAAGAAAGCGAAGAUAUCGAUAAUGAACAACAAAAGAAUAGAGUGACUUUCGAAAACACAUCUAAAAGUGAUAAUUUUGUAGACACAGCGCAGGCAGCUAAAAUAUUGCACAGGAAAAGCUGUGGAGACGAACCGAACAUAAAGACUGCAGAUUUCCAAAAGAUCGCUGAUACCAAUAAGAUUCCAUCGCAAGAUGAUAUUGAUCGAAUAUCGAAGGUAACGAUAGAUGCUCCUAUUCUAUCGAGUGACACUGAUGUGAAUUCUUUAGGGAAGAGAACAUUGGAUAGCUUGAUGGAGGUGGAAAGAAAGAGACUUGAAAUGUUGGAAGAACAAGGCUGCCAAGUAAUAGAAAAUGAGAGAGAAAAAAUUCUGGAGUUGAAAAGGCGUGUUCAGGACGAGACGAAGAAGCUCUGGGACCAAAAAUACCGCUCAGAGCACAGCAAGUCCUUGGAUUCUACAGAGCAGUGUCACAGUUUGCCUGGAGAAGAGAAGAUGAACAGGAGUACGCUGGAGGAAUCAAGUUUGAUGGACGAUAGCUUCAUGGCAAAUUCCAGCGUUUUUGAGGAGAGCGCAUUUUCCUCUCAAGUUACGACAACUAUUGCACUAAACCAACAUGAAUCAGUACAUAAUAAAGUUUGUGAUAAGAUAAACGCAGUACUCACACAGCCGCGGACGCGCGCCUACGUACUUGUGUACGUUAGUUGCCGUGGAUUAUGGAAAAUAAGUGACUACGCGAACGAGCGAAAAUCAUUAUAA